AUGGAUAAUCAGAUCCAAACCCUCGUGGAGAUGGGUUUCUCUCGGGACCAAGCCGUGGAUGCUCUUGAAAGCUCCAAUAAUGACCUCACAAAAGCAAUCGCUUACCUUUUUGGCGAGGUGGACGACACUGGCGCUGGCACCAAUGCUUCACCAUACGUCGUAGAGUCUGCGCCUAUUGACUGUUACGACUCUGUCAAUGUCAGCAAUCCCCAGGACUUGCCUGAAUUCCUAGCUCAGUACGCUUCGCCAGAGGCUAUGGAGGCGCCUGCAUUGCCUGGCCGCUACAAUGAAGGCUAUUACACAAAUGAAGUGAGCCAUGGCGGCAAUAGUAUCGAUAACGCCACCAGCAACGCUGUCCAUGGGGACAACAACGCUGUGCAUGUCGACCACGACGAUAUGGACGAUCUGGGUGAUAUUGAUGACGAAGAUAUGGAUGUUGUGGUUGAAAUCGACGAAAACUACGAUCAUGGGCCCAAUGUCAAGACUGAGGGCCAUUUGUUUCCAGUGGUGCUUUGUGGGUCGACCAAGUAUAGGUAUUGGGCUAGCAUGGUGGCGAUUUUGGCGCAGUUCUCACCAUUUUCCGAGCCGCUCUUGAGCAGUGAUGCUACCACUGACUUUGUCUCGGAGCUUCAACGCAUAGUGUACUUUCUCCGUAACUUCCGCAAGUCGAAUCGAUGGUACAUAAGCGCCGAUCCUCUAGUUGCACAAUUGGUAGACACAAGCGACAGCGAUGUUGCUGCCGCGUACACUGAUGAGGAGGCUGUUCUCAAUGCCUACGAAUUCAUGAUGCAACAACACCAACUGUUGCGAACAGUGUUGGAGUCGCUCGUGGAGAGCGUGGAGGAGAAUAUCUCCAAGGAACUUACUGUUCUCGAAAUUGACUCGGACACCCGGCGUAACAACCUUUACAAUACGCUCAACGAGCUAUUCUGGCAGCGAGGCUUCGUGAAGCUUGGCCAGAUCAAGUACAAGCAGGUUGCACCAGUGGUGACAUACCAGCUUAUAGGAGAGUCAACUAAUUAUUCCGGACCUUUUGAGCUCCAAGAGACGGUUUAUCCCGAGAUAUACAGUGACAUCGCUGAGAAGGCGGUCGAAAGAGAGGUGAAGCAAAUGCGAGAGGCGGAGGUGUCUCUCCAGGCUGUCACACGGAAACUCAUGGAGCUCAAUUUCUUUGAGGGCAAGAAGAUUCUGAGUUUGUUGAGGCAAGCUGUGGGGGCAUUGGGUGGAGUAAAUGGCCACAACAAUAAGGCUCUAGGAGAUGAGAGUCAUGGAAAGUGCAAUGGCAAUAUCCAAGGAAAUGAAAUGGUCGGAAAUGAGGGACUCGAAAACGACGUGAAUGACAAUAUAGUUAGCAGGGCCAAAGAAGUUAGUGAAAGUGCUGUCAAUGGCUGCGAAAAAGGUGCUAGAGAACUCAGUGCUUUGGGCCAUCAGAUCGAGGGCGCUCGCCUAGCACAGAUCGAAAAGCAGAAUGCUCUUCGCAAGCAAGCAUUGGGCGAGCAAUUGGGCCAGUACGAUCAGAUCCCUGCCGAGUGCAACUUGAUACCGUAUGAUCUUUUGGGAGUCAUUUGCGGCGAUGACCACUACUACGUGCGGCAAGAUUUGGACACCUAUUUACGGAUGGACGAGAGAACGUUAGUGGAUUUUGAGGACAUUCAGGUGGAUGUAGCACACCUCACUCGGCGGGGGUCUCAUUUGAUCACGUUGGUCUACGGGCAGCGAGAGGGAUGUGCUACCUUGGAUGAUGACGAGUGCGAAGAGGAGAGUAAGAAUUCAAAGGAUGAUGAUGACCAGGAAUACGAAAAGAAAGAAAACAAAGAGGAAGAUAAGAACAAUGAUUCGAAAUUGGAAGCGAGCAAGAAUCUGAAGGAAACGCAAGAUAGUCAAGGAAAUCGCGAAAGCAUUAUCUCUUCAACAUCUGAGAAUAGUUUACCAAACCAAACGCCCAUAGAGGCCAAUUACGAAUCAAGCGGCUCACAUACUGAUGGUCAUGAACGCAUACCACAUCUUGGUACUUCGCAAAGCCAGGGCCACUGUGAGGUUGAGUCUGCUUCCCUCGCAGCCGUUUCUACACCCUCUACAGAUUCUACCACAUUCAAGAAUGCAUCUACGAACUCCGGCACAAAUUCUAAUUUGACCUCCAAUCCGUCCUCCAUUACCAUUUCUAAUGCCUCCUCAAAUCCGCCGUCAAAUCCGAACUCCCCAUACACGUCUAAAGUGUCUGACGUGUCCAAAAACUUGCCUGUUUCGUCUAACAAAGUGCACUCCGGCAGUCCAGGUGCAGAUCCUCUGGCUGCGACAAUCAAGCCUGUCGUAGCACAACUGAUAGUUGAUCAGUUCCGUGCCGACGAAGACUCGGCUCCUAUUCGCCUUGAUUAA